AUGACCAGCGGCGUUUCCUUGCGCUCACCUGCUCACACGACUCCAGCCCCAAGAAUGCCCCAAACAAUCGCUCCAGCAAUUGCCCACGCGACAUCGAUACCUACCAACCCCUCUUAUACAAUAGCUAUAGCUCUCUCACAAGAUAUACCCUACCUCACCACAAUCCAGUGGGCCGCUCUGACCUCAAACCCUUUGAUCAAAACCCUCUACCCGCAUGGCCCAACUCCCGCCCUCACAGCCUUCACACGGAACUCCUAUACAAAAGCCCUGCAAUUUCCCUCUGUCCGCAUAAUCAAAGCUACGGAUACCAGUAGAGGCGAGAUUGUGGCGUUUGCGAAAUGGAUCAAGUAUCCCGAAGAGAUACCAGAACCUCUGGAAGGCGAAGGGGGUAGGAUCCAAAGUGUAGGACAAGCGGGCGCGGGAGGGUGGAGCAAGGGAAAUAUUCCAAGUCAGAAACCUGAUGAUGUGAAUAAGAGAGCGCUGGGUGACUGGAAUGGGGUCAUAACACAGAUGAGGAAGGGGAUUAUGAAGAAUAGACGGCACACAUGUCGCGCGAAGCCGGAUCCGUGCAAUUUGGAGUGCUACUUUGGGAGCAUUGCGCCUGCCCUAUGGGUGCUCGAUAUCCUCCACACGCAUCCUUCCCACCAAGGCCGAGGCGCCGGCGCCCAAUUGGUGAAAUGGGGCACCGACCUCGCCGACAAAGAGGGCUUACAAUGCUACCUCGAGUCUUCCCCAACCGGGUAUUCGCUCUUCAAGAAAUGCGACUUCGAAGACGUCACUGAGAUGGAGAUUGAGCUCAACAAAUACAAAAAUGACGGCUACGGACAAAACAAAUACAAGCACAUAGUCAUGAUACGACCUCCCAACGUCCCGCCAAAGGUUCCGCCGAAGGAUCUGGUUAUCGAAAAACACCCUAUUGGAUAUUGGGAUUUUGGGCUGCCUACCACAGCGGAGAGUUCGGAGAAUGAUAAUGAUAGUAGUAGGGACGAGGGUUCUGGCGCAUUAUCGGAGAAGAAUAGACAUUAUGGCAUCGUGGGUGCUGUGGGAGGGACGAGUCAGGAACCGUUCAGGCCGACGAGCCAUUUUGGGAUUUUGGAUACGGUCAGUGAGGGUGGGGAGGGCGUGAGUCGGCCUACGAGUCAUUUCAUGUCUGGGAAUGCUGGGGAGGAACCUUCGAGGCCGGUCUCGUUGAUAUAG